UGUAAACACACGAAACUCGAUCGACCGUGCUCUAUCAAAUUACGUAUGCGAACUAUGGUUUUAUGAAAUAAACCUUAUCUGGGUUUCCCACAUUUCAAUUUGCGUGCCUUAUCGUGAGUGAAACAAAGGAAUGUGUGUAGUUUUCUAGAAUGAAAACUCUAAUUUUUGUUCUGGCAGUGUAGUGAGAGGUUGUGAAUAGAAUUGCUCUCCGAAAAAAUCUUAUUUACAAAAAACCGUGCACUGGUGCUUAAUAUUAAAAAAGAUAACCAUGACACCGCCAAUAUUAAAAAUGGAAUCUCGCAAAGUGGAAAAAAAAUUAGAUGAAGUGAUAAGUAGUGGAAUUGAAGCAAGUGAGAAAUCUGCAACCUGCGAAAAACUAAAUCCUGAUGGUGAUAAUACAGAUACAUUUUUCUUUGAAAAUAGUAGUACAGGACUGCUUUUGUUCUUAAGAAUCUUUUCGGACCUCGCAUGUUUCAUUUACACCACGUCAGCUCCAAUUGCAGUUACCAACUUGUUUUUCUUCAUAAUUUCACUGCUCGGAUUGAUCUUCACAAUUAUCUUCAUCGUGAGCAAUGCUUUAGACACAAUUCAAAAAUCGAAAAACGAGGACAAGGAUUACAGAUUUGAAGUAGUAUUUUGCGUGACGUGGAGUAUGCUAUAUGGAUUCUUCACCACAUUAAUUGUUAUUAUUAAUUAUCCUGUGAUUGUUCAGAUAUUCUGUGGAUAUUUUUCGAUGGUAUGCUAUGCUUCGGAUGGUUACUGUAAAUGUUUACGAAAAAAAAGGUUUACUUUUGAAAAUGAAGAUCAGCGAUACUGGCCAAUUCAACGCUAUGAGUCAAGUGGCGAUAAUAAAUUUAUAAAUACAAAAAUAAAUAGUGACGGACCUGCCCAAUAAAAUUAAUUUUAAUAGGGCUCCUUAAUUAAAAGUGUUUUUUUUACUUGUAUGGACACACAAAGAAAAAGCUUGUAUUUGAUGCACCGACAAGUCUGGGUUUUUCUGAAAUUUUUGAAAUAAUUGAAAAACAAAUUUUAAAUAUCAGUUUUUAAUUAAUGCUUGCUUAAUUAAUGGUUACAUUUGACAAAUAUUUUUUAAAUAAGAAAAGGCUCAGUUAAAAUAAAAGGCAGAUAUGAAAAAGAAGAAAAGAUUUGCUUAGGCCUCUGUUUCGUAAUUGGUUAAUGUUCCACUUAUGUAUAGUGGUGUUCCAGGUUCAAAUCCGGGCUCAGGAAGAUUUUUUUAUGUAUUUUAACGUCAAAAUCAAAAAAGUGGCUGAACCGUUUUUUAGUUGUUUUCAUUCGAUUUAUAAUUAUUUAUUUUGCUUAAAAAUGGAAAAACACACCUUUUUAAAAAUGGACUGUUCAUCUUAUCACGGUAAAAAUUACGAAGCUACAAUCGAAGGUAUUUUAAAGUUUCUCAUUUAUUCCCGAUUUUUUUCAACUUUAACAAAAAUUUCAUUUCAAUCUCUAAAACCUAAUAACUUUUUUACUGAAAGUUUAACUAUU